GCGACAGAGCUUUAACUGUUGGAGGGGAUGGUCGAGCCGAUACCCCUGGGCAUUCUGCAAAGUUUGGAAGCUAUGCCCUGUUGGAUAUGGACCUUUCUCUUGUAAUCAAUAUAGAACUAGUACAGAGCAAUGAAGUGAAAAGUAGCUAUCACAUGGAAAAGGAAGGGUUUAUUAGGAGCACAAACCAUAUUCAGGAAAGAGGGAUUAAAAUCAAGGAGAUCAUAACUGACAGACAUGUGCAGAUUGUGAAACACAUUCGAGAAGAAAUGCAAGAAACAGUCCAUCACUUUGAUGUAUGGCAUGUAGCAAAAGGAUUAAAGAAGAAGCUGACUGCUAUGUCCAAAGAAAAAGGGUGUGAACAACUUCAAGAAUGGAUCAGGAGUAUAUGCAACCAUUUAUAUUGGUCUGCUGCAUCAACUCCAGAUGGAAAUGGGCGGUUGAUGCUGGAAGAAUGGCAGUCAGUUGCUAAUCAUGUCCAAAAUAUUCACGAACAUGAUGGUGAACUUUAUGACACCUGCCCGCAUGGUCCUUUGGAAGGCAUUGAACGACCCAAAAAAUAGUUAAUACCAGGAUCAAAACUGGCUGAAAAGUUCUCCGACCUGGUCUUCUCAAACCAAAUGAAGAAAGACGUCCCCAAAUUAUCACCUGGUUCCCAGACAGCAGCACUGGAAGGAUUCCAUGCAGUUGUCAAUCACUUUGCACCAAAAAUGAUUGGCUUUUCAUAUCAUGGGAUGCUAUCAAGACUUAUUCUCGCUGCUCUCCAUUUUAAUGAAAAUGGAAUGAGGGAACAGGCCACAACCAAAGAUGGGAAAAAAAGAUUUGACAUUGUGUUUCCAAAAUUCAAAAGAGGGGAAUACACAGUUCGGGAAGUUAAAGUGGAAUGCACUUAUGAUUAUGUAAAGAAACUGAUGUCUUCGGUUGAGGAGCGGGCCUCUCAAUUCAGCAUGAAUUCUAGUGUAGUUGUCCAGCGUCAGCCUGCACCUCCUCCUUUGUGUAGUGUCUAUCACCAUCCAGACAAGACUAAGGCAGUCGAGGAGAAACUAUCGAGAUUUAAUCAGCAAAAUUUUGGAGAUGAUGAUUCCUCUGCUUGUUGCUAA